CAUGGUGUGGCAGUCCGUUCUCUGUGCCUGGAAUUUUGCGGGCACGCUCUGGGGUUACACCUUCUUAACGAUGAUGCCUGACAUACUUCACGUGUUCUACAUCGGCUUCUGGAUCUACAUCCGAGCUGCUCUGCGUGGCGGUGAUGCUCGGGCCGCCUUGGCAGAUGAGCGCAUGGAGACCAUAUACCCUGGCGCGCGGCUGGCUGAGCUGAACCAGCCGGGGGCAGACUCGUAUUGGUCCUCUGGCGCCAGCUUCACCGCCACCGAACACGCCGGAGUGAUGAUGGUGGCGCCAUUCGUCAUGGAGGGCGAGGGCAGCAUCAUAAGCAGGCGAGCGCUUGUUUCCGUCCUGGAAUGGCACGAGACGCACCUCUGUGCUCCAUAUCACACCGACGAGUCUCUGGUGGAGUUUGACGCGGCAACACGGAGGAUGGUCGCGCUCGUGGAGAGCACGUUCCCACGUACAAGUAAAUGUGGGUGGAACCUGAUCAAGGUCCACCUUCUGCUGCACAUUACAGAGGCUAUCAAGCGGGCCGGUCGGCCGCGUGAGUUCUCGACUGCUGUUUAUGAGAACGCAGACAUUCGGACCUGCAAGAUCCCCUACAGGGCCUCGAAUCGCCGCCAGCACGACACGCAGAUCGUUGCACACAACGCCACAGCAGCGCUGCUGACUACACUGCCAAGCAGUCUGGCCCCCGGGGGCCGCUACAACACCGCACUGAGGCGGGCCAUCGCCACCGAGUCUCCGCAGCCCAUCAGGAAGCGGACUCGGAUGCUGGGAAGGAGCUAUAGCCCGACUGGGCCAGAGGACAUCUACUCGGCGUAUGAUGCCGCUCUGGAGGAGGGUGUAGGGCCAUACGCCUUCGUCAUGCGCGAGCAUGGCCUGCGCCCGUUUCCUGCAUGGGUGCACAGGGCGAUGGCGCUGCCACCACAGGAGCUGGACCACACCAUCAUCAGGGCUCACUACGUGCACGCGACACCGACGCUGCACGGUGAGCCCGCGUUCUCAUUCGUGGAGUACCUCGAAGAGGACGGCGAGGUUGCGCAUGGCCGCAUCCACUUGCUGCUCUCGCUUGAUGGAGCGGCCAUCCGCGAGGAUGGAGGGGCUUACGAGGUGGCCUUCGUUCGCCGGUGGCUGCCGGAGCACGUGGAUGAGUGCACGGGCUGCACGGUGAUGAGGCCCGGGUCCAUGGACAACGAGUACACCGUGGUCGAGCUUGCGAGGGUGCAGCGUUCCGUGCACAUGGUGCGGUCCUUCAAGGAAGGACCCUUCGAGGUUGUUUGGAGUGUCUCUGCAGGUGGCUUUCUGGAUGCUGAGAUGGGAUUCGCUGGUGGAAAGUUCAGCGUUCCGUGCACAUGGUUGUUUGGAGUGUCUCUGCAGGUGGCUUUCUGGAUGCUGAGAUGGGAUUCGCUGGUGGAAAUCGUUCGUCCUCUGUCCGCUCCCCUCCCGUCACCUUCGCGCCUCUCUCUCCUUUUCCCCCGUCGACCUCUCUGUCUCCCCUCCCUCCCGUCGCCCUCACUCUCCCCCCUCCCCUCCCGUUGCCCUCUCUUUCUCUCGCCUUCGCGCUCUCCCUCCCGUCACCUUUGCGCUCUCCCUCCCGUCGCCUUCGCGCUCAGAGUCCCGUCGCCUGUCCGCUCUCCCUCCCAUCGCCUGUCCGCUCUCCUUCCCGUCGCCUGUCCACUCUCCCUCCGGUCGCCUGUCCACUCUCCCUCCCGUCGCCUUCCUCACUCCCGUCGCCGGUUCGCUAUCCCGUCGCCCUUCCUCUCUCUCACCGCCCUUCCUGUCUCCCGUCGCCCUUCCUCUCCCGUCGCCCUUCUUCUUUCUCCUCCUGCCGCCCUCGCGUCUCAUCGCGAUCGCGUUCCCAACGCACUCCCGUCACCCUCCGUCCCGCCUUUCAUAAUUAACUACCUCCCAUCGCGUCGUUCCUCUUCUCUUCCCUCCCCUCCCGUCGAUCCCUUGAUCCCGUGCCCUCGCUCUCUCCCCUCCCUUUCCGUCGCCCUCGCUCUCUUCCCUCCCUUUCCGUCGCCCUCGUUCUCUCCCCUCCCUUUCCGUUGCCCUUGCUCUCUCUCAUCCCUUUCUGUCACCCUCGUUCUCCCCCCUCCCUUUCCGUCGCCCUCGUUCUCUCCCCUCCUUUCUGUCGCCCUUGUUCUCUACCCUCCCUUUCCGCCGCCCUCGCUCUCUCGCAUCCCUUUCCGUCGCCCUCGGUCUCUCCCCUCCCUUUCCGUUGCCUUUGCUCUCUCCCCUCCCGUCCGGUCGCCCUCGUUCUCUCCCCUCCUUUUCCGUCACCCUCGCUCUCUCCCCUCCCUUUUUGUCGCCUUCGUUCUCUCCCCUCACUUUCCGUCGCCCUUGCUCUCUCCCCUCCCUUUCCGUCGCCCUCGUUCUCUCCCCUCCCUUCCCGUCGCCCUCGUUCUCUCCCCUCCCUUUCCGUCGCCCUUGCUCUCUCCCCUCCCUUUCCGUCACCCUCGUUCUCUCCCCUCCCUUUCUGGCGCCCUUGCUCUCUCCCCUUUCUUUCCGUCGCCAUCGUUCUCUCCCCUCCCUUUCCGUCGUCCUUGCUAUCUCCCCUAG